AUGACGCCGUUGCUGCGAAGUGCUUGCAAAAAGCACGCGUCGUGUUGCUCGGACGCCAAAGGAAUCCAUUCGAACUUGGUUUCUUAUUUUCAAAUUGUUAGAAAAAUUCUUUGUGCGUUGUUGAGAGGAGAUAGACGAAUUUCAAGGUCUCAUGGCGGAGAUUCAUUUUUUUGGACCUUUGCUUUUUCGAACAGCAAGAAUUCUUCUGAAAAUAUUCACUUCCUUAUUAGUUUCUUAAGUUCAGAGCCCUCGUAAGUUUAACACUGUCCCAGCGCCGAAACCACAAAUUUCUUGCUCUUCUGUUUCUUCAACGGGGGUAAAAUAAAUUUUCAUCUUGAUUACUCAGAAAGUUUCCUUCCAGACAGAUAUCAUGAACAAAGCAUUUUACGAGUUUGAGGAUGAAGAUACUAUGACAGAUUUUAGUGUGAGUUUGAAGAUAGAAAUGUGGAAAAAUUUUGUCUUUGAAGGUAUUCCGGAGAAACUCGGAGGAUGGCGAAGAGAAUUCGUGGAUCAGAACUAGAUUAUCAAGGUGAAUUGAAAAAAAUUUUUAUUUUAUUGGGUUAACAUUGCUGUCAAAUUUCAAUUCUUGAAAAAAAUAGCGCUAGAUUUUUUUAAAUAACAAAGGCAAAUUUGAUUAUUCUAAAAAAACCGUUAUUUCACGGAUUUCACGUGAAAAAAACUUGCGUCAAAUUUCUUGAUCAUUUGAAUUUCCUACUAGAUUUGUACUGGUUAGUUGAUGUUUUUUUGGCAGAUAUCUACUCGCUUUCCCUAUUUGAAUGGAAAGUGGUAAAAUAGCUGAAAUAAAAUGAAUAGAAUUUUUUCUCGGUAAUAAAUUUAUGAUAGAGUUCUUUCCAGUCAAGUUUUAGCAAGUUUUAAAUUUUCUCCCCUUGUUAAAGUUUUUUGAAAAUAAAAAAAUUUUUUUCGGUGUGAAAAUGUUUUCAGACCGGAUUCGCCGAUGAAAAAAGAAGUUAUCCAAGAGGAAGAAGUGCUGAAACGGAAUAUCUUCUCAUGUGGAUCGUCCUUUUGUGAAAAAGUUGCUCCUCAUUUUUGAAGUGAAUUUUUAAUCUCGAUAUUUAGCCGAUAAAUUGGGAAGGUUGUUGGGAUAUCGAGGAAUAUUUCGAUCGACGUCCCUACUUGGGCCACUUUAUCCAGUUGCUCGUUUAUGUUCGUUCAAUUUUUUUUGUUCUCAAAAUAUCGGUGUUUCAGUUAUCGUUUCUUUAUUGUUUUUUCACUCAUCCCUUUAAGAAUUUAAUGGAUGACUUACAGAAAGUUCGACUUAAAAUUUGGAAUUAAAAAAAAUUAUUUUGAGGAUGCAUAAUCGUUGAAUAACGGAAAUCAUCAAUUAAAUGUUAGUUUGAUUAAAAGUUUAUAAGAAAUUUUCAAAAUUACAUAAUUUGAAGAUUUUUUAAAAAAUUUUUUUUCAUUAAAAAAAAACCUUCGAAGAAGUUCACCUUUCUGCAAUUUCGAAAGUUCAAUUGAAUUUCCGGAAAGUUUUUAGAAUUUUCCCCAACUUUCUCAUUAAGUUAAAGUCUUUCAGAUUUGCAUCUUUGUCCUACCACCCGUUUCCCUCCUUCUAACGGGCAUUUCAUCACGUGCGGAUCUUCUCGUGGGCGAAAUUGCCCGUUUUCUCGUUUCUCUACUCCUCAACUACCUCACUCUUGAUAAAAUUUGAAUCUAAUAAGUGAAAAAUUGUCCAAUUUAUUGCAAAAUUUAAAAAGAUUUGUACAUUUUUUUCCUUGAAAGCAUGCUAUUUACUGUAAAAAAAUUUGGGUAUUUUUGUGAAUUGUUUUAUAAAGUUUACCUUUAACCUUGUUUCAUUUUUUUUUUUGAGAGUAAUACGUCGGAAGCGCCAGUAUUUUUUUAAGAUUGAUCUCAUUUAUUAUUUUGAAAAAUGCUGGAAGGGUAUUUUCUUGUAGCUUGGGCAUUUUUUCAUGUGUUUGAAAAGUCUGGAGAAAAUGUUGAACAGUUUUUUUUUUCAGAAAAUUCGCGUAAUUUUUUGAAUUUUUUUUGAAGACCGCUUUCCAAUUUAAAACUUGUAGAGAGCUCCCUGUGGUGGUCAUGUUCUGGGCUUUGAGAAUUGUAUUUUUCCUCAAUUUAAUAGCCAGCACGACGGCUUUUGGAUUUUGUGCCGAUUGGCUCUGCACCGUUUUACUGUAUUAUGUGAGUUUCGGAAUAACCUUUUCAGAUUCUUUUUUUUAGAAGUUUAGAUUUUUUUUUCUUCACGACUAAAAUCGAAUUAUUUUCAUAACCAGACUUGUAAAGUUCUUUUUGUAAAAAUCAUUUUUAGAUUUUAAUUUCUUCCAUUUUAUAUUUUGUUGGUUUUUUUCUUAAUGAACUGAAGCCAACGAAAAUUUGGCUUCGAGAGCUUCCAAAUAUUUUUUUCGGGCGGGAAGUAUUUUUGAUUAAGGAAGUUUUUUUGAACUCGAGGUUUGCUGUAAAUGAAUUUCGAGAAAAUAAUUUUUUUAAAAAACUUCUUAUCUUCAAAUUGUUCCCGUAUCAAUUUGAAAAAAAUUGUUUUUUUCUCAUAAAACCAUAAUAAAGAAUGAAUGUCAUGUUUUUCAAAAACUUUUGACCUUUCUCCAACUUUUUUUUUUAUAAAAAUAUCACUCCAGGCCUGCAAAUCGAAUCGUCUCUACUGCAAUGAAAAGCAAGAAUGUGAAUGCAAGCCACUUCGGCAGAGCUGA